CCACAAAGCUUCUGCUUGAACUCGAAGACAGACCCCUUCCAGAGAAUCCGGCGAUCUAAAUCUUCCCGGCGGCGAAAAAAUGGUUGCGGCGAAGAAGACAAAGAAGUCCCAUGAGGGAAUUAACAGCCGAUUGGCUCUUGUGAUGAAGAGUGGAAAGUACACUCUUGGGUACAAAUCUGUUCUCAAAUCCCUUCGCAGCUCCAAAGGUAAGCUGAUUCUGAUUUCAAGCAAUUGCCCACCUUUGAGGAGAUCAGAGAUUGAGUACUAUGCCAUGCUUGCCAAAGUUGGAGUCCAUCACUACAAUGGCAACAAUGUUGAUUUGGGAACUGCUUGUGGUAAAUACUUCCGAGUGUCUUGCCUCAGCAUCGUGGAUCCUGGUGAUUCCGACAUCAUCAAGGCACUUCCUAGCGACCAGUGAUUCUGAUUUUUGACGGUCUCUUAUGAUGUUGUCCUCUCUAUGCUUUUCUAUGCAAUGUGUUCUUCAAAGACUCAAUGUUAGGUUCCUUUGCUUUCUAAACUCCUCAUUGGUCAAAUUAUUACAUUUCGUCUCUGUUUGUCUAUUAUAGUCUAUCUGAACCAUUACUGGAGUUCGACUGAUUGCAAAAUUCUUGAGCAUAGUCUAUU